CACGACGAGUCAGGCCAUCGUGCCCUCAGCGCUGCCCUAGCGCCCGCCCCGCCCCCGGCGGAGCGGAAGCGCAGCUCAGGCGAGAUCUUACCUCGCGUUGCACCGUGCGAUUUUUAGUGCCCGAUCCUCCUCAGCUUACUACGACCGAACCAACCGCAACAUCAAGUCGAAGACGGCCCGCUCUGGCUUUGAAGUACAAAAGGGAGCGGCUCACUUCAAGCCAGAGGCAGAAAGCAUCACCCACUCCCACAUUCGCAGCUCGCCCCGCCUUACGCUCCACCCAACUACAUCGCCAGCUCCUCCGCCAGCAUGUCCCACGUAGACAUUCCUGAGCACCGCGACGGCUCCACCGUAGGCGUCGAGGUCCUUCCUGCCACCACGGCCGGCGCCGCGCUGCAGCCCACCCUCCACGACGACACGCGAGUCGGCUCUCCAACCUCGGAGAAAGAGAAGAAGUCGCCUUCCAGCGUGGCCGCCGCCGAGGGUGACAAAGAGCAGACCCAGCUCGACGUCGAAUAUCCCAAGGGCCUCAAGUUUGCACUCAUCAAUCUCAGCGUCAAUCUGGUGGUAUUUUUGGUGGCCCUGGACCAGACGAUCGUGUCUACGGCCGUGCCCGUCAUCACCAACGAGUUCAAUUCGUUCAGCGACGUGGGAUGGUACGCCUCGGCCUACCUCCUCACUUCGACCGCCUUCCAGCCCCUCUUUGGCCGACUGUACGGUUCUUUCAGCAUCAAGUACGUCUUCCUGGCCUCCUUCUUCAUCUUUGAGAUUGGCUCCCUCAUCUGCGCUGUGGCACAGGACUCGCCUACCUUCAUUGUAGGCCGAGCUAUAGCUGGGCUGGGUCUUGCAGGCGCUUAUUCCGGCUGCCUCAUCAUUAUCAGCGUGGUGGCCCCUCUACACAUUCGUCCCCUCCUGACGUCACUCACAGGUGCAACCUACGGCAUUGGCGGCACGAUUGGGCCAAUCAUCGGAGGCGCCUUCACUUCGAGAGUUACGUGGCGAUGGAACUUCUACAUCAACCUUUGCUUCAUCCCGUUGCUUGUCCCCGUCAUCCUGUUCUUCCUCAAGACGCCUCCUCGGAAGCAAGAGCGAACUGUCGCUCAGCGGAUCCUGCGCAUCGACUGGCUUGGUACGGUUCUGAUCUUGGCAUCCCUGAUCUGCCUUCUCCUCGUCUUUCAAGAUGCCGGCAUCAAGUACGCUUGGUCCGACUCCAAAGCUAUCGGCCUCCUUGUGGGCUUCGUGGUCAUCUUGAUCGCCUUCAUCAUAGACCAAUGGUGGAUGGGCGAGCGAGCGACGAUCCCCUUCAGGAUCCUCAAGAACCGCACGGUGUGGGGAGGCUCUAUCGUCAACUUUACGGUAGCAUCCUGCUACUUUGGGUUACUUUACUUCCUCCCAAUCUACCACCAGACGGUAAAGGGCACAUCGGCCAUUCGCUCCGGGGUGCUAAUGUUGCCCUUCAUCGUUGGAGUGAUUAUCAGCGUAACCUUACAAGGAGGCUUCACGAAUGCCACGGGCCACUACAUUCCCCUCCUCCUCGGCGGUACGCUCAUCAUGACGGCCGGCUCCGCCGCCCUCUACGCGCUCUCCCCGACCUCGGACGUGGCCCGCAUCGCUGGAUUGGAGAUCCUCGCUGGCAUUGGCCCAGGCCUAAGUUUCAUGGUGCCUUUUACAGCCGUAUCAUCAAUUCUUGAUGUGAAGGACAUCGAGAUAGGCGCUGCCAUCGUCAUUUUCUGGCAAACUGGCGGCGGCACCGUCGCAACGUCGAUGGCCCAGUCCAUCUUUCAGAACAAAUUCGUCCUGUAUGUUCGACAAGUCCCGGGGGCCGAUGCGGCUGCAAUUCUUUCUAAGGGAGUGAGCGCUUUUCGAGCGACAACUCCCGCUGAACUCCUGCCUACGAUCAUUGACGCUGCAAACAAGGCGCUUGGCAAGAUCUGGAUCAUGACCGCCGUGCUCGGCGGCGUGGCCUUCUUGUCGGUAUUUGCGAUGGAUCUGAAGGGUAGAGUCGAUGUUGAGGCCUCGAAGGCGGCCGAGAAGAAUAAGAAGGAGAAGAGGCGCGGCUCGACGGAUCCCGAGGCCGUAGACGCGACUGCGGUGGCCGCCUAAUACCCCUCCUCACACCUUCUUGGCGACUACCGUCCAAGCUUUUUCUCAUCUAGACUACGACACCAGAUACCUAAUCCCGCCUCCCCUCGCUUCCGCGACGUUUCAUUCAUCUCUCGCUGUUGACCAUUCUCCCGCGACCUGUAUUCGGCGCAAUAUCAGACUAGAAUCAUGAGCACUCUUUCCCAGAUAU